GGAGUAUUAUGCAAAGAACAGAUGUGACACAAACACAUUGUGCCUGAUUUUACUGAAGACGUAAGAAUGGAAGAAAAUAUUUUAAAGAAAAAAGAAAUCAGGAUCUUCUAUGAACAUCUGUCAUUUGAUUGUCAAAUGUACUAUAAUUAGAAGAACCGCUAACAACUAUAUAGGUAUACCAAAAACUAACAUCUUCUCUAAAUUUCAGGACUACCCGUCACAGUUUGUAUCUAAAAAACCCAAUGUCAGUACAAACAGAAGAAAGUUGGCUUCAAGAAUUGUAUAGCACAGAGCAGCUGCAGAAGGAAAUGCCCUCUGUGAAGAAGGAAGAUGAACCUGAAAAUCUAGCUUCUAAGUUAAGAGCAAAAUGGGUAAUUAAUCCAGAAGAGCCAAAACUAAGUAUUUUAUGUGAGCUGGAGUUUAAGGAAGACUUCAUAAAACUCUUUGAGCCUUCUCUGAGAACAUUACCCAGCAUCGGGCCACCAUCCAUUUUGACAUUCAAACAAGAGAAUUCCAAUUUAGGCAUUAAGUUCAAGGAAGAAGAGGAGGAGAUAUCACCCAAGUGUGAAUUCUGCGGGAGCGACCUAAGAACAUUUCUUUCCAGUGUGGAUGUUUCCUCUGACUACAAUAGCUCUGAACUAGUAGAACAUACCUCUUGUUGUAGUUAUUUCCAAAAUCUGAUGGACUACAUCUCAGAGGAAAAACAAAAAAUCCAAACCUCUAAAGCUGAAUUAAUCUGUAUUGACCCGCAUGCCGCCCACGGCAGUGAAGUCGACAGACUCAAAGCAAAGGAAAAAGCUUUGUGGAGAAAACAGGAGCGACAAAUGGCCAAACACCAUGCAGUAUUAAAACAACAGACUAGUUUCUCCGAAGAAGAUACAAAGCACUUUAAAACAAUUUCUUAUCAACUUUCCAUGGAUAUUCCAGAAAAGGAGUCAGAUGAGGAAGAACCAUCUCAUUUUCAACUAGACAAAAAAAAUAUAUCCAUUUUUUGUUGUGAUUCUAGGAUAGCAUGUGGAAAGAUCGUGAGGAAUGAGCUCUUCGAGAAGCACUAUAAACACGGAAGCAAGUUUCUGACUUCAUUUCCAGAUGGCACAAUGCAAAUAUUCUACCCAUCUGGGAACCUAGCCAUCAUCCGAGUGCCCAACAAGACAAAUGGCUUCACUUGUAUAGUCCAAGAUGACAUAUCCACUAACCCUGCAAUCCUGGCAGUGCUAGAUUCUUCUGGCAGAAGUUCCUGCUAUCAUUCCAAUGGAAAUGUCUGGGUAUACAUCAAUAUCUUGGGCGGUCAAUAUUCAGAUCAAGCUGGCAACAGAAUAAGGGCUUGGAAUUGGUCAAGUUCUGUCACUUCCUCACCCUUUGUUUCAUUUAAACCUGUCUUUCUGGCUUUGAACCAUUAUGUUGGAAUCCGCAUCUUAGAACAAGACAAGAUUUCAAUCACUUUCCUAGCAAUGGGCCAACAGGCAAGAAUCAGUGUCGGAACCAAAGUGAAGCUAGAGAACCCUAAGGAGAUCCCAGCGCUCCGGUACCUGAAUGGAGAUGAUCUUCUUCUGCUGGCCAGUUUAAUAAAGAUCCGACGCCUGUUUCAUAAACUUGAAGGAUGUGUGAAUUUCCCCUCCAGCCAGGUUUGGGAAAAAUUAAAGCAACCUUCCUACCUUUCUUCACUUUCUGUAAAACUAAUUGCCCUUUGUCACAAUUCUGGUAUAAAGCAAGACACAAUAAAAACAAUUGCAGCUAUGAUAAAUGAGAACAUUUAACUAAGAAUAAUGGUGCUUUCAUUUGUUUUGUCGAGUUUUUCUCGGAGCAGGGGGUGUGGGGGGCGGGUUUCAAGUGAAGUGUAUAUGACUAGGAAGUACCAAGA